AUGACCGUACGACGGGCAGCUGCGGAACUGGUCAGACCGCAGAAGUCCAUUACUCAAACACCAAUCCAAGGAUGGCCAGGAUGGGAUGCGAAUCGCUUUCAGUGUCAUCAGUGUGGUUUCUUACUUCGUCCUGGCUCUUCUGUCACCAUCAGCUUCAGGCUGUACAAGUCUGUCAUCCAAGGUAUACAGAAAUCAGAAGAGGGCCAUCCAUUCAAAGCCUACCUGGAUGUAGACAUUGCUGUGUCCUCAGAAGCUUUCCAUAAUCACGUGAAUGCUGCCAUGGUGCACAUCAACAGGGCCCUGAAACUCAUUAUUCGUCUCUUUCUGGUGGAAGAUUUGGUUGACUCCUUGAAGCUGAAUGUUUUCGUGUGGCUAAUGACCUACGUUGGUGCCGUUUUCAAUGGAAUCACCCUUCUGAUUCUUGCCGAACUGCUCAUUUUCAGUGUCCCCAUUGACUGUGAGAAGUACAAGACCCAGAUUGAUCACUAUGUUGGCAUUGCCCACGAUCAGACCAAGUCAAUUGUUGAAAAGAUACAAGCAAAACUCCCUGGAAUUGAAAAAAAAAAAAGGCGGAAUAAGUACAUGGAAACCAGAAAUGCAACAGUUACUAAAACACCACUUAAUAGUUAUAACGUUAUUACAUGUACUCUGAAGGAACUGCAUUCCAAGCUUCUUUUUCUUAAUUUGGUGUUUUCUCCCCUCCUUUCCCUUUACCCUCAGUAUCAAGCACAAGAAUUGUUGCACUAAAAAAGGAACUGAUAUCUUAGAACCCAAAAGAAUAAAGAGAGAGUCAAAUUAA